AUGAUAUCCACUGAUUUCAGCUCUAUAGCAUACAAGUUAUCAGCAAAAGCAUUUCGCGCUGGCUUAUUUUCCAACAUACAAAUGUCCAGUAUCAUAAAACUGGUACGAACUCAAACCGACCACGUGAUAUCACAAGGGAUCAAUAUUACACGUGAUGUAGAAGGAAUCUUCAACUACGAGAUGACAAUUUUGAAAUCAGCAUACGCCCUCGGCAGCCGAAUUCCUAUCGACCUCAAAGUAAUCCCACAAAUCAAAAAAUUUCGACUGCACAAUGCCAUUGUAGAAAUUCUCGAAAAACAAGUAUACACACUCGCUUCACGGCAAAAAUUCACGGGGACACGAGUGGCUGUCACUUUGAAAAGUGACAGUUUUGCAAGCAUGCGAUUGACUGAGCAUCAUCAGGAGAACGAAGCUGAUUUGGUGGGAAAUGUGUCGUACCAUAGGACAUUGUCGCUUCAUUUGUCAAAAUGUUCGGGAUCGGUCAGUUUUCGGGAGAGAUACCGUUGGAGUCAGUUUAGUCAUCAAUUACGAUUGACUUUUAUGAUUUCUGCACCAACUCAUGCGAAUAAACGAAUAGCUGUACGAGUUACAUCAACGAUUACUUUGCUUUCUUGUCGGUGUGUGGAUGAUCAUUUGGCAUUACCGAAGUAUGAGGAAGAGGGUUAUUAUUGUCCUUGUGAUCCGGAGUAUCAACGACAAGCAAAAUUAAUAUUGGGAGCUUCGGCAUUUCCCGAACAGCCACCACUCACUGGAGAUGAUAAUAGUCAACCACCUCCAACCUAUGAGAAUAUCAUUGCGAUGGAAAUGAUGACUACCAAUGACGAUGAUAAUAUUACUACUGCUAAUAAUAAUAACAUCACUUCCGAUACUUCAAAUAACAAUGCAACAACAUCAACAACGUCCAAUCAUGAUGUGUCGAUGAAUGAAGUUCCUGCAAAUUCUUGUUUUUUGGAUUGA